AUGGAGAAAAUGCUUCCUGCCACAGAGGCGGUCAAAAUCUACCAGACAAACUAUGUGAGAAAUGCCAGAGCUAUUGGUGUCUUGUGGGCAAUUUUCACCAUCUGCUUUGCCAUCAUCACAGUGGUGGUGUUCAUUCAGCCCUACUGGAUCGGUGACAGUGUCAACACCCCACAGUCUGGCUACUUCGGGCUCUUCUACUACUGCAUAGGCAACCCCAUCACCUCAAAACUUGUCUGCAAGGGCAGUGUGCUCGACUUUAACUCCAUUCCGUCUGGGGCAUUUAAGACUGCCAUGUUCUUCGUGGGAACCUCAAUGCUGCUUAAUGUGGCCACCAUGGUCUCAUUCGGUCUUUUCUUCUUCUGCAGUGCAGCGAGUGUGUACAAGAUUUGUGCAUGGGUGCAGAUCUCUUCAGCUGUGCUGUUGGUGAUGGGCUGUAUGAUUUACCCGGAUGGAUGGGACUCUCCUGAGGUAAAGCGGAUGUGCGGCGAGCGGACGAGCAAGUACGAAAUGGGGACCUGCCCAGUGCGCUGGGCCUACAUUUUGGCACUCAUCUGCAUCCUGGAUGCACUCAUUCUCGCACUUGUGGCCUUCACACUGGGAAACCGACAGGACAAACUGCUGCCUCAUGAAUUUGAACUGGAGACAGGAGGUAAGAAGAAGUAA